AUGGUCUCCACUGGAAAAAUUGAGCCUUUUGACAAUUCAAGUGAAAAUUGGACUUGCUAUAAAGAAAGAUUAGACCAGUAUUUUAUUGUCAAUGAAGUAGACGAUGGCAAGCAGGUACCAGCUUUGCUAUCUCUGAUCGGUUCAAAAACGUACGGUACAUUGCGGGAUUUGUGUUCACCGGAUUUACCCAAGGAUAAAACUUAUGCCGCACUCUGCAAAUUGCUUUCAGAGCACUAUAACCCUGAACCCCUGUUAAUUGCGGAACGCUUUAGAUUCUGGAAACGCAACCAGAGACCGGAUGAGACUGUGAGUCAAUUCAAUGUCAGUCUCAGGAAACUCGCGGAACAUUGUAAAUUUGGAGGAAAUCUUAAUGAUUCAUUAAGAGACAGAUUUGUUUGUGGUUUAAAGACCGAAAGUAUCCAAAAGCGAUUAUUAUCUGAAAAGGACCUAACCUACGAGAAAGCCAUUGAAUUAGCCACAGCAAUGGAAUGUGCACAGAAAGACGUUAAGGAGCUGCAUGGAGCUACCCAAUCUCUGAAUAAACUGACAUUAAGAAAGAAACAAAUAGCAAAAACACAACCACAGGCACUAAAAAGCGAAUCACCAUGCUACAGAUGUAACAGAACAAACCAUAAACCUGACCAAUGUAGAUUCAAAGACGCUACCUGUAAUAAGUGUGGACGGAAAGGACACAUUUCCCCAGCAUGCAAUCAGCAACAAAGACCUAGUCAACAGCAAAAGAAACAAAAGGGUAGAGCUAAGUUACAUCAAGUGGAGGAGGAAGAGAUUGAUAUAGAUAGUUUGUUCAAACUAGAUGAACAUGACACCGGAACGAACAGGGAACCUAUUUGGUUACAACCGAUAGUAAAUGGCAGAAAGGUCAGAAUGGAAUUAGAUACUGGUUCGGGAGUUUCUAUAAUUCCUAUGGAGAUGAAAGAUACCUUGUUUCCAAAUGACACAGUGCAUGAAUCAGACUUGAAAUUGAAAACAUACUCAAAUGAAACCUUGUUACCAGAAGGUUAUAUAAAGUGCAAAGUUAAUAUCCACGGUCAAGAGAAGGAUUUGAAGUUGUAUGUAAUGAGAAAAGGAAAAGUCCCUUUGUUUGGAAGAGAAUGGUUGUACGCCCUAAAGUUAGAUUGGACAGAAAUAUGGAACUUAAACCUAGACAGAGUUGCACAACUUAAGAACAAAUACAAGGAUGUAUUUGACAGAGACUUGGGUAAAGUGAAGAACUUUAAGGCUAAGUUGAAGUUAAAGCCAGAAAGUACGCCAAAGUUUGUAAAGGCUAGAAGCGUGCCAUUCGCUAUGAAGCCGCAGAUUGAAGAAGAGUUAGAUCGUCUUGUAAAAGAUGGAGUUCUGGAGAAAGUCGAUACAAGUGAAUGGGCAACCCCUAUAGUACCUGUUCCUAAGAAGGAAGGCAUUAGGAUCUGUGGGGACUUCAAAGUGACCAUUAACCCAUUGUUGGAAGUGGACCAACAUCCCUUGCCUAAAAUAGAAGACAUAUUUGCGUCACUAGGGAAAGGCAAAUAA